CAGAACAAAUGGCAUUGUUCCUGGCGGAGAUGUCGCGGCUCCUGCAGGAACAACGCCGUCCGCUACCACCCUUAGUUCCAACACCUCGGACGGGGACAUUGCGUUUACAUGCCGAGAUUCCGAAAUAUUCAGGCUACGCAGAUAGAAAAUCGGUUGCUGAUUUUCUUGACGAAUUGCGUGAAUACCAGGCGGUGUCUGAAAUGUCUGAGGUUGAACUUCUAUCACGCGUACUGCCGAUCGCCCUCACGGGAAGCGCCGCGACAUGGCGUCGGAGACAAUCACCCUUCUCGACGCUACAAGACUUUUCGGAGCAGUUCAAAAAUGAAUUUCUGCCUCCCGAUUACGGCGCGCGAAUGCUCGAUGAGCUUAGGGCGCGCACUCAGCACCGCGACGAGUCCCUAGUCGAGUUUGUUCGGGCGCUCCAAACUCUCUAUGACAGGGCUGACCCUAGUGCGUCCGACUCAGACAAGGUGUCGCGGGCUAUCCGGCAAAGCCACCCGCAGUUUCAUCCCUACCUGCGUGGGCGGGUGUUCCGGAGUUUGGACGAGUUGGCCCAAGCAGCCCACCAGAUCCAGGCGGACAUCCUGGCCGAACUAAGAUAUCGGCCUCCUCCACCGCCGGAGGCUUGCCUGGAACCGUCCUGCGCUUGGACAGGCACGACCAGGCAAUCCAUGGACGAGCAUGGGUCACGGCCAGUUCUCCCCGGAAGGGUACCCCGAGCGCUGGACCCUUACACCCACGGACUGGGCGAUGGUGCUCAAGUCCGCGAGCAUGGCCGCCAAUACCAAGCCCCAUCCAGAGAGCGAUACCCAAGGGCCACCUCAGCUACUCUCCGCUGCUUCCGGUGCGGAAGUCUCGGCCACUUUCGCCGGGACUGCACCCGGCGGGUUUCAAACGACAAUUCGGGAAACGAGCAGUCUCGGCCCAGCCUCACGAGCAGCCCCGCCGGGGGCCUCCUGUGAUGAGCCCGAUGUUGCAGCACCUGGUGUGGCGCCCGCUCGAGCGCCCGAUGACGCUCCCGCUCCCGGAUUACGCGGCGACGCUCUCGCAGGCGCUCGCG